AUGGCGCCUCCUCCCUCCGACGGGCAGCUCGGAGACAAGCUGACCAUGGAAGACACGAAAUCCCUUCUCCCGUACGGCACUGUGGAUUCCUCGCUGCGCGCCCUGGCCGGGCAGGCCGAGGGUUUCGGCCGCCACGCCAUCGGCGGCCGCCACGGCGACGUCUACCACGUCACGAACCUGGAGGACGACGGGCCGGGCUCCCUCCGCGAGGGAUGCCGACGGCGCGAGCCGCUGUGGAUCGUCUUCGACGUGUCCGGGACCAUCCACCUCUCCGUGGGCGUGUGCGUGUCGUCCUACAAGACCAUCGACGGCCGCGGGCGGCGCGUCAAGCUGUUCGGCAAGGGCCUGCAGCUGCGGGAGUGCGAGCACGUCAUCGUGUGCGCCCUGGAGAUCGAGGGCGGCCGCGGGCACGACGCCGACGCGGUCCAGAUCAAGCCCCGGUCCAGGCACGUCUGGGUGGACCGCUGCAGCCUGCGCGACUUCGCCGACGGCCUCGUCGACGUCACGAACGGCAGCACGGACGUGACCAUCUCGCGGUGCCACCUCGCAUCGCACGACAAGGCCGUGCUGAUCGGGGGCAGCAGCAGCCACGUCGAGGACAGGUGCAUCCGGGUCACCAUCCACCACUGCUUCUUCGACGGCACGCGGCAGAGGCACCCGCGCGUCAGGUUCGGCAGGGUGCACCUCUACAACAACUACACCAGGAACUGGGGCAUCUACGCUGUCUGUGCCAGUGUUCAAUCGCAAAUCAUCUCCCAGUGCAACAUUUACGAGGCAGGGGAGAAGAAGAAAACCUUCAUGCACAAGGAAGAACAGGCAGCAGACAAAGAUCAGAGCUCAAGCGGACGCAUCCGGUCCGAAGGCGACCUGUUCCUGAAUGAUGCGCAGGAGUGCGCUGCUUAUGCUUCAGAAGGUGCAGGAGAUGAGCUGUGGGACUUCAAGGUCCAAGACUGCUACCAAUCUUGUUCGGUUCAGCCCGCGUCAAUGGCGCUCAAGGAGCUCCUGCAGUGCCGCACCGGCUGGGAGCCGGUUCCGAUGCUACCAGACGUCUCUUGCACGGAAGAAACUGUGAAUCUUGCUGAUCCUACCGCCUGAAAUAGCAUACCCCAAUAUUUGAAGUGACUCCACUAAUAGCAUUCCACAGUAACUAUAGCAAUCACGGUAAUAGUAUGUCUGAUAAAAAUGUCAUCAAUAAUGUGA